UGACGUCACGGUGUGACCUUCCACUUCGUCCGUGUGGCUUUUUAGCGUUGGUCACACGGAUAACUACAACCUAAUGGGAGUUAGAAGAAACAAAAAUGAAAAUACUUGUCUUAUGAAUAUCUUUUCCAUACAGGUUGUUUCCAUACCUAAUAGGGGGAACAAUGGUCAAGUAUUUCUGCUGCGCAGGCUUGCUGAAAAGCUCCUGGGACCAAGUUUGCGUUGCUUUCUGGCAACGGUAUCCAAACCCCUAUAGUACCCACGUUCUGACUGAAGAUAUCAUUUUCCGAGAGGUGACUCCAAGCAACUGCCUCAUUUCCAGACGUCUUCUGACCAAAACAAGCCGCUCUCCACGCUGGAUGGAGCGCUAUCUUCCAAGACACAUGGCCAGCUGCGCGUAUAUCGUGGAGGAUUCAAUUGUGGAUCCUCAGAAAAGAACAAUGACCACGCUGACCUGGAACAUCAGCCACGCUCGUCUCAUGUCUGUGAAAGAGCGAUGUGAAUAUCGAAUAAACCCUGAGAAUGGCAGCUGGACGGAGAUAAAUAGGGAGGCUUGGAUCUCUUCCAAUGUGUAUGGGCUCUCGAGAGCUGUUCAGGAAUUUGGCCUUGCCAGGUUUAAGAAGAGUGUUACUAAGACCAUGAAGGGUUUUGAAUACGUGCUGUCCAGAAUGCAAGGUGAAACACCAUCAAAGAGUUUGGCAGAAGCGGCGACAGAGCGUGCAAGAGAAACGGCACUAGCAGCUAAGGAGAAAGCCAAAGACUUGGCCUCACAGGCGCAUAAGAAACAAUACGUGUGAUGAUUCCUUCACCUCGGAUUCCGGGGACACUUUUGUCUUUAAACCCUCCUCAGUGCAUUGAUGCAUUCUGUGGAAUUGAUAAGAUGCCUCUGUGAGGAAGCAACCCACCGACGUGGCAGGUGAACCACGUAAAAGCCUGAGCGUAACCUCCUCCAGCCCACCCGUACCUGCAUCAGUCAUCCUGAUCAUGUUCCUCUCCACAUCAGGUCGCACACACAAGUGCUUAAAACUGUUCCCGUCACCUUCAUGCAACCUCCACAUUCAUCGUGUUUGCGUUUACUCUUGCUUUGUAAUAUACAGCUUGCUUUGGUCAACAUUUCACAAUUAAAUGUAUGAUGCAGCUUUA